AUGUAUUUAUUGGGAGAUUUGAGUGAAUUUCUGAUGAAACAAGAAUCAGGCAAGAAAGUUUUCCAGUGUAGAGAAUGUCCGAAAGCCUUUACCACUAAACAUUACUUCAAAAGCCAUCUACUAACUCACAUAGGCGUAUUUCCGUUCGAAUGCGCCCAUUGUCAAAAGAAAUUCAAAAGGAAGCAAGAUCUAAAGAGUCAUACUUUAACGCACAACACCAAUAGAAGCACUUUUACCUGCGAGAUUUGUAAAAAAAUCUUAACCACGAAGUCCUCUUUACUAAUCCAUCAAAAGCGACAUUUGAAAUUGUAUAAUAUUUUUUGUAAUUACUGUCAAAAAGGUUUCUACUCUAAAACCACCCUCACUUUACACAUAAAUUCUAAACACGAGGGUAAAACGACUUUCGUAUGCGACAUAUGCGGUAGGUCAUGUUACGAUAAAACUAGUUUAGAAAAUCACCGAGCCAGACACGAUGAAAGUUACGGCAAAGAAAAAAAUAUCGAAUGUCAACUUUGUGGUACGAAAUUUAUAGAUCAGAAAUACCUGGCCGUACAUAUGUACAAAUUACACAGCACCGACCAUAACCACAGAUUCGUUUGCGAAAGUUGCGGGAAAAAACUUUGUUCCAAAGUAAGCUUGCAAGAACACAUGAUCGCGGUACAUCAAGGUCUCAAACCACACAAAUGCGAAAUUUGUAAUCAGUCAUUCGCUAAUCGUACUACUCUCAAAUUGCACGAAAGAAGACAUACAGGUGAACGUCCUUACAGAUGUACUUACUGCUUGAGGGCUUUCACUCAAAGCCAUAGUCUCAAGAUGCACCUAAGAUUGCAUACUGGAGAAAAACCCGAAAUAUGCAGUAUAUGCCAGAAUAGUUUCACUUCUAAGAGUAUGCUCAAGUCGCAUAUGAAAACUAAACACAAACUAUUCGAUGAUACGCACCCUAAGGAAGUAUUUUAA